AAGAGGGGAAGAAAGAAAGCUAUAAAGAUGAAAAGAAAAGAAAGAAGGAAGGGAAGAAAGAGCGGGAGCAAACCCUGGUUAGGGCUCGGCGACGACGAACGAUAGCAAGAAUCGAAGCAUCCCAGCGAGCAGUGCCCGGCAAUGGCGGCCGCCGAGGGAUCGAGCUCCGGCUCGUCUUUGUCUUCGUCUUCGUCCUCGCCGGCGGCGGAUUCGUACAUCGGGAGCCUCAUCAGCCUCACCUCGAAAGCCGAGAUCCGCUACGACGGCGUCCUCGUCUCCAUCAACCCCCAGGAGUCCACCAUCGCCCUCCAGAACGUGAGGUCAUAUGGAACUGAAGGACGAAAGAAAGAUGGUCCUCAGGUUCCCCCUAGUGACAAGUCUAUGAAUAUAUUCUGUUCCGAGGAAGUGACAUCUAGUAUCUUUCCAUCAUGUGCUUUGCAGUCACAUGACGCCUACAAACCUAGUACAUCAGCUUCAGUUGGAGGUGGUGCUCUUCCUGGUCAUCUUUAGCCAGGUCAUCAUAUUCAGAUGCA